CUAGGUCCUUAUUGUUCCGGGGCAGAGCUUUGCUUCCACCACUCCUCUCAAACCCCCGGUCCUGUGCCCCAGUGAGCUCUGACUGUUACACUUCUUUCCUGAGAGGAAAUUUAAAACUUAACACUGUUUCCGGGGGGAGCUGAGAAGACCAUGCUCACUUCCGGCAGGGGGAGCUUUUCCCAAUCUGGAAUGGAGGAGGCGGGGGACCAGUUCUUGGAGAGGCACAGGCUGCAGUUGGCCCCAGAACCGCACCUGGACCGGGAUCCAGGAUGGAGCCCAUCAGGAGAAGGCUGUGCAGGGAGCAGCAAAGACUUCCCCAUCGGGCCUACCCUCACCACCUUCGCUCUAAAGAGCCUCCCCCGUGGUUUGGCACUCGGCCCCUCCCUCGUCGAGGAGCAACGCUUGGGGAUCUGGUGUGUCGGGGAGCCCCUGCAGCCAGGACUACUCUGGGGGCCGCUGCAAGAGGAGUCUGUCUCCCAGUCCCAGUGUGAGAUAGUGAAACCACAAAAGGAGCAGGAUAUAUCACGAGGUCCGUGGGGAGAUGUGCAUGCUUGUGAGCAGAGUUCAGGCUGGACCAGUUUAGUGCAGCACAGCAGACAGGAGGAUGAGGGAAAUGUGACCCUCGUGAGGAUAAGCGACAGGCUCCACCUGCAGGUGUAUCGGGUUGUGCUACCGGGCUUUGAACUGCUGUUGGGGUCUGGGCCUCCCUCUGAAGGCCUGAGCCCUGCCCAGCCCAGGCUAGAGGAAGAGGAGUUCCCCUUACAACAGGAAGUGGCUUCUCCUGAGGCGGAUACACAAGACCCCUGCGCAGAUCCUGUUCACCAGUCACCCCACAGCAGCCGGGAAGAGAGGGUGCUGGGCCCUGGUCUUAAGACCCAAAUCCAGGAGCAACUUUCUGAGGAGAGUCAACCCUUUGAUCCGUCACCUCAGGAUGGCAGUGGGAACAAGGAAGGCCCAGUCCAGACGCAGACACCACCUCGCCCGGAGAGCAGGGCCCCGGCUUCGGCACAGGACACCCAGCUGCAUUCUGACCUGCUCCAGGAGUCGCACGCUCCCAGUGCCCAGUGCCCACCCAGAGCAAAGACCUCAGAGCCUGGCGCCCAGCAGGCUGGGGAGCGCCAGCACCCUGGCCGCCCUGCACUCUUUCACAGCCCUCCUGGCCCACCAGGAAACCCCCCAACACAGGGGCGCCGGUACAGGUGUGGGGAGUGUGGCAAGGCCUUCGGACAGCUGUGCCACCUGAAGAAACACACGUUUGUGCACACGGGCCACAAGCCCUUCCUCUGCACCGAGUGCGGCAAGAGCUACAGCUCUGAGGAGAGCUUCAAAGCUCACACUCUGGGCCACCGAGGCGUGCGGCCCUUCCCCUGCGCACAGUGCGACAAGGCCUACGGCACCCGGCGAGACCUCCGAGAGCACCAGGUGGUACACUCGGGCGCCCGGCCCUUUGCCUGUGAGCAGUGCGGCAAGGCCUUCUCCCGCCGGCCUUCCCUGCGGCUGCAUCGCAAAACCCAUCAGGUGCCAGCUGCCCCCGCCGCGUGCCCCUGCCCCUGCCCCGUGUGCGGACGGCCCCUGGCCAGCCAGGGCUCCCUGCGGAACCACAUGCGCCUCCACACAGGGGAGAAGCCCUUCCUGUGCCCGCACUGCGGCCGGGCCUUCCGCCACCGUGGCAACCUGCGUGGGCACCUGCGGCUGCACACCGGCGAGCGCCCUUACCGCUGCCCACACUGCACCGAGUCCUUCCCCCAGCUGCCCGAGCUGCGGCGCCACCUCAUCUCCCACACGGGGGAGGCCCACCUGUGCCCCGUGUGCGGGAAGGCACUCCGAGACCCCCACACCCUGCGCGCCCACGAGCGCCUGCACUCGGGGGAGAGGCCCUUCCCCUGCCCGCAGUGUGGCCGCGCCUACACGCUGGCUACCAAGCUGAGGCGCCACCUCAAGUCCCACUUGGCAGACAAGCCCUACCACUGCCCCGUCUGUGGCAUGGGCUACACCCUCCCCCAGAGCCUCAAGCGCCACCAGCUCAGCCACCAGCCCCGGCAACCCUGCGAGCCUCUGGCCGCUGCCCAGCCCACCGUGGUGCUGCUGCAGACUGAGCCAGAGCUGCUGGAUGCAGGCAGCCGGCAGGACCUCUCGCCUCCCCGGGACAUCUUCCAGGUCACUGGUUCUGAGAGCCAGAAGUGCUUUGUGGUGCCAGAGGAGCCCGGCCCUGGCCCCAGCCUGGUGCUCAUCCGGAAGGACAUGGGCUUUAGCACCUGGGUGGAAGUGGUGGAGGUGGAGUCAGGCACCUGACCCCUCCUGCCCCUGUGGGGUUCUAGUCCUGUGCUUGCCAAUGGCUAGAUGUCUACACCUUCUUCCUCUCUGGGCUGCCUGGUGGAGGUUUGAGUCCACUGUGAGGAGCAGGUCAAGGACUUCCCUUCCUGCUCAGAAACCGUCAAAUAGUCGCCUGAGAAACCUCUCUGGGAUUUAAGGCCUUUUGACUCAGCUCCAGGAGAGCCUGUUCUGCCUGUCUCCCUGGGGGUUACACAGGUGCCUGUUCCGUGAAUGCUGUGGAAGUGACCCUGGCCAGGGAGGUCGUGGGGUAGCUGGUGGUGAUACUGUAGACCUGAAGGACGCGCUCUUGUAUCUGGGAGCAAAUGGGAUGAUUCUCAAGGGUUAAAAAAAAUAGUGGCUAAGCCAGGCUCGUAGCUCACA